GGCCAGCCCAGAUGAGUCUGCGCUGGAUGCUGCUGGCGGUAGAGCAGGCAGCACAACUCGACCAACGUGCAGCGCAUCAGCACUGCUCUCGGCAGGGUGCACCUGCCGCCCGACGAUGCUGCUGUUCGUCUGAAUCGACCCGCGAGCACGGAUGAGCGCCACCCGCCGCCCCCUCGCGUGAGCCCCCGACGCAGAACUGGAGACGGAAUUACUGGAGGACGCCACAGGAUGGGCGGGACCAUCGUCCACCUCGAUGCGCAAGAAGAGUCGCGGACGCGGUGACAAAUCGUCGUCGAAGCGGCGCCAAUAUCGACCACCAGUGCCAGACUUGCUGCCCUUAUAUCCUGACCCGUCCACCACCUCUGCAACACCUCAGGAAAAUGAGCCCGACUGUCUCCAGGUCGUUAAAAUCGUCCUGCUCGGCGCCGCUGGAGUCGGGAAAUCUUCUAUUGUUGAGCAAUUCGUGUGGAACGAAUUCCGCGAGCAAUACUCGGCGACGGAGCGGAAGAAGACGUACUACCCGACGGUGAUCAUAAACAACAACCUGUACGAGCUGAAGAUCUCGGACAUCCCGGUCAUCUCUUACUUCCCGCACAACUCGUUCAGCGAGUGGGCCGACUAUCGCUUCUACGGGCUGCGCUCUGCCACAGCCUACGUGCUCGUCUACGACCUGACCAACACCGAGUCGUUCCACUACAUCCGCACGAUGCGCGAGCAGAUGGCCGAGAGCCGUGACAUGCGGAACGUGCCAGUGCUCGUGGUAGGCAACAAGCAGGACCUGGUGCAGGACGGCGUCAGCCACGUCAACUCGGCCGCCAGCACCGUCAACCUGAUGGAGCAGGGAAUGCAGAAAAUGGUAACGGAACACGCCCGCGAGAAGCGGGACAUCGUAAACAUCGUGCGAAAGCACUGGAAGUGUCCGCACAUCGAGUGCAGCGCCAAGUACAACUGGAACGUGGUGUCCGUGUUCAAGGAGCUGAUGAAGGCCGUGGACGUGUUGAGCGGCGUGCACGGGGGCUCGCUGCACGGUCGCCCGAGCAGCAGCAGCAAGGAGACAACCACCCUGUGUUCGCCGAUCGGCCGCGACUUCCGCUUCGGUGGUUCCAGUGACAAGUGCGUCGUGUCUUGACUCUCUCUUCACUCAAUAAAAUACUCACAGUGUGCACUUGAAGGUGAUAUUUACCUAGCUGAUGAGCGUAUUGUGAUUUUGUUGCGAUUUCCUUGCCUUCUGACGUUCCGACACCUUGUAAAAAAAUACAUUCGUACACACUUCCAACGAAUUUGCUGUCUUUGUUGAAAACGGGAAACGCGUGCAACCUUAAUCAAUAAUCGCUGUUUGAAUUUGGAAACACCAAUGUCCAAAAAAACGAAUAGAUGUUGUCAAGUAAGAAGUGUGCAAAAACUCAAACGUAAAAGUGACCUAUUAGAACGUAGCAUUGUGAUUUUGUCUUGAAAUUUGUCGCCGCGAAAAGCAAGACAUUUUUACAACUUCUGCCUUCAUUUUAACCAGCAGUGGUUAUGUUUAUAUUUUCCAAAAUCAAACUUCCAAUGCCAAACGUUAACCUUCUGUAUUCAUGUUACGAAGGAAAGCAAAAGCAAAAAGGAUUUUUUGCGAGGAAAGUCUCGUAUUUUCCAAACAAUAAAAGACGAACACCAUAACCUUGCGUGCGUGCGUGCCAAAGCUAAAGAAGAAUAGCAAGCCUGGUGUGUGUGUGUGUGUGUGCUCAUAAUAACUAUUAGGAGAGGACGUGAUGUGAAAAGUAUCACAUGCAACGCAGCAAACAGGGGGUUCCUUUCUUUUAUGGAGCAUGCCGCACAUCCCCGUGAUUGUUUUGGGCAAUUUGCCAUGCGCGCCGCAAACUCUAUCAAAUCCAGGCCGCAAAUCUGGCAUUGAUGGCAGCCAAUUUCCAACUCGCACUCCACUCUCCUCCAUGCUCAAUGGCCCAACUCUCAUUUCUCUCUACUGCCGAUUUUGCCACGGUGCGAAGUUUAUGAAAGUAGAAAUAUUCUAAGACAAAUCGCUUUGAGCUGCCAAAUGUUAACGCUCCUUGAUUUACUACAAACUGUACAAAAUUCGACAAGCGAAAUUUUGAAUUUGAAUUUUUGAAUAAUAUUUGAAACGGACUGCGCCCAUUUCUUUCAGCCGGUGCAUUUAGAUAUUUUUGAACUGGCGCACUUGGAUUUUUAUGAAAAUAGUUGCGUCGUGUUGGAAACUGAAAUUAGAAAGUAAUGAUUACUGGCAAGAGUGUAUGAAAAUAAGUAACAAAAGCGUACUCUUUAUAGAAAGUAUAGACACACUCAUAAUUAUAUAAAAAUGAAAACAAAAAAGAUAACAAAAGACAAGACAAGACAAGAGGAGUUCAAUGUUUGUGUGCGAGACCCAAAAGCGGCCUACCAGCAAUAUACAUAUAUGUAUAAUAUAUCUGGCAAAAGAUGUAUAUUAUAGGUUAAUUGGUUCAACCUUGUGUUCACAAGAAUAAUGAAAAGCACAUAAUAUGUUGAAUAUACAUCAGCUGGCCGAGUGUUCAAAUUAUGUGCAAUAUAUUCUGUAAAUGUAUGACAUAAUACUUCUUUAGGAAGUAAAAAAAACUGCGUAGAAGUUCGUGAGCAUAGGAAACUGAUAUUCCUCAGAAAAAACAAGCGGAUAAUAUAGUACUACUCUAAAAACACACACAUAUUAUUAU